AUGGACUGGACUGGAGCAAUAGGGACAGGGGUGGGUGGGGAUGGGGGACAUUGUGGUGAAAGGGAAAGGUCUCUGGGGUCAGGGAGGCUAAGGAUGUGGGCUGCGGGGGAGGAAAUAGAGGAGGGGAAGGGGCAAGAGGAAUCUGGGUUUGAGAAGGUAGGAGGUAAGAAAGUGAAAGUGAUGGUCGUGCAUGCAGGUGAGGGUCAACAAGAGAUUGCUGGAUUGAAGGAAGUGAGAGUAGAGCACCAUGAAUUGAUGGCAAGCAAAGGGAAAUGGGUGGUAGCUAGUCUGGCCGGGGAGGGGGACACGCUGGCUUGUAAAAGAGGAAGACAGAUGAUUGAGAAGCAAUAG